AUGGUUUCUCUGGAAAUGAAACUUUCAGAAAGCUGUGGUCAAUGCAAAGCAGACACAGCAGGCACAACCUCUUAAAGGAAACUUGGCAUCAUAACUCAUUUGUAUUGACUGUCAAUAACAUGAGUUGCUUCACUUUUCUAUUUAAACAUCCCAUUAUUGACAGUCAAAUCUGAAAUGUCAUUUUCAAUGGCAUUACAUAAUAGAGGGCUGCACAGUGAAAUGUAGCUGUUGUCUCUUCAUGUCACACGCAGAGGAAAAGGGUUUUACUAGAACAUGACACAGGAGUUUUGCCUCCUUAAAUCUGAACGAACUGAUGUUUUUACCUCUAAGGGGCAAUGGAAACAAGUUGGAAACCCAACAAUGGCAUGUUAUUACUACCUACCUAAUCUGUAGCAUCUAAACAUAUGAUUUGCAUUGUAGAAAUCAAAAGAAUACUUAUUAACAGGGAGAUGGAAUCAAAUAUCUUUUCCCAGUGGAAGGAUUUUUUGUUGUUGUUGUUGUUGUUUUUAACCCCCUAGACAAGCAAUACUGAUGUGAUAUUUUUUACAAAGACAAAGUAGCUGGUUUAUUGAAAAAUGCCCAGCCUGGUGGAGGAGGUCGUGAAGCAACAUAAAGACAUGUGGUGGGAGAAGAAGGAGUAAACCAAACACUUGGAACCUAAAUUAGCUAAAUUAGCCAGUUACAGGCGAGGGUGUGUUACAGUUUGAGAAAAGAAGGCAUGCAACAAUGUCAACAAGUUUAACUCAUCAGCUUAAAAUGCAACAAUCAACAUUAAAUUUACUAUCUGUUGCCAAACUCAGUUCUGUCAGGCAUCCCGCCAGGCAGCUAAUAACCAGCAGGUCAAUGUGGGAAUGAUGGGAGUCUCUCAUAUGCCAUCUAGUGGCUGUACAGGGCAACGUUUCAUUACAUUUUCAUGUAUUCAACAACGCAAACACAAUAUUACGUAAGUUACAAUCUGAGAGGCCAUUUCCACUUUGAUGGUUUUCCACAACAAUCUAACAUGGAGGAUGUUCAAUGUUGUGCUUUUCAGUCUCCAAACAGCUUUCACCUACUCCUCCAUCCACUGGCUACAUCAGUCCUCUCAGUCCACAACAAAUGCCAACAAGUUGCGGUCAACAAUGUCUGUAACAAAGUGUCCUUGUGCAGUCAAUUUUGCAUAAUUAACUGCGUGUGUGUGUGUGUGUUUAAUAUUCAGUAUUACACACUGCAGCCCUCCUACACCCCUGUGUGUGUGAGAUCCAGAGGGACAAGCUGGUCAGUCAUAACAGAAGAAGAACAUUAUCUUCUCACAUCACAAGGCUACACCACCAGGAAACACACCAAGAAUCAUCAACACGCAGUGGACAUCUGACUGCCUGAUUAGUGAUUGAAAAUUUAACAGCACAAAGGAGUUUCUGAGGAGAAGAAGGGGACUCAUCUCAGCAACAACACACUGCACUCCACACAUCCCACUGAUUGACUGAAUGACUUUUAUUCACUGAGAACUCAACUCAAAGCAACCUCCUAAGACAAGAAAAGAAGUUUUUUCAGUGACCAUGGCAUCAACAGGUAUUCAGCUGCUGGGUUUGGUGUUGGCAGUGCUGGGUUGGGUGUGUGGGGCGUUGGUGUGUGCGGCUCCUCUGUGGCGCGUGUCCGCCUUUGUGGGUGGAGAGCUGGUGAUUGCCCAGGUGCUGUGGGAGGGGCUGUGGAUGAACUGCCUGUCUCAGACGACAGGCCAGAUCCAGUGUAAGACCUAUGACUCCACUCUGGCCCUGCCAACGUCUGCCCAGGCCGCCCGGGGCCUCACCAUUCUCUCCCUGCUCCUCUGCCUUCUGGCCCUCAUACUCGGGGUGGCAGGGGCCAAGUGCACUCACUGCAUGGAUGACGGUAACCAGGCUUCCAAAGCUCGGCUGGCUAGGACAGCAGGGAUCCUCUACCUCGUGGCGGGCCUUGCCUACUUGUUACCCAUCUGUUGGACUGCCUAUGCAAUCAUCAGGGACUUCUAUGAUCCCAGCGUUGCGGCGCCUUUAAAGAGGGAGCUGGGCCCAGCGCUGUACCUGGGCUGGGGGGCCUGCGUGCUGCUCCUGGUGGGGGGCGCUCUGAUGCACGUUGGCUCCUCUCCACCAGGAGGAAGAACGCUGCCUUUUUUUGGAGGAGCAGCGAAGGACAACCCACACACAGGAGCUGCAGGAGAGGGGAAGCAACAGGAAAAAUCUUUUGUAUGAGACCAGCUUAUUGGAAACGAACACAGAGGCCACGGCCUCUUCAGACAAGCUUCUGGAAACCGCAAGGUCACAGUCUGUUGGAGGAUGUUCACGCUAUACUGGCUUUUAUGUAUUAUAAAGAAGGUAGACUUAGUAUAUUUUUGUUGAUUUCACUAUUGGUUGAUAAAUUAUGUUUUUACAUAUAUUAAUAAAUUGACAUUUUUAACUACCCAGUAAAUAGUCACUGACAGAAUAGAUUAUUAAUCAUUUUCUGUCAGAGUGGGAGCUGACAUGAACUGUGGGAGGAAUUUAGAUGUUUAGAGGUUUACUAAUGUGUGUGCCUUACAUUUCUCAAGUUCCUCUCUGCCUCUGCUUGUGUUUGUGUGUGUGUGCGUGGGCGCUCUGUGUACAGAAGGCCAGUGUACAUUGAAUAUCUGUGUAUGCUAGUGUAUUCACUGAAAAUAUGUGUGGGCAGUCAGAUGCUUGUUUAUUUACUAUGAAUGUUUCAGGCUUUCCUCUACAUGUGCCCCCCCCCAUUUAUUUCUUUGUCCUCGUUCUUGUGUAAUUUUUUUCACUGUGCCUGUUUAUUAAUAUCAGUUUGAACACCCUAAUUGUCCAUGUUUAUUUGACCUUGUUUCUUUGGCCAACAUAUGAAACCAUUAAUGUAAAUGUAAUAUUAUUGAUUCCAGUGGUAGUAGUUUUGAUGAUUUGGCUUAACAUAAAAUAAUUUGUUGCUGGUUUAAAUUUGAGAUGUGCUCUGACUUUGUGUGUUUACUAAUUCCCACUAUCAUAUAAAAGUAGUCUUUGAGUGCUUACUGGGUGAGGAUAAAGCGGUUUGAUACUGGGCAACGUAGAUGACAUCAUCUAAAUGACAUUGUCUUAUGUUUCAUGAAGCUUUUGCCACUUCACGGUUGACAUAAAAGCAUUACACAAUAUACAUUUUUUUCAGUACAUAAGUGUGACACUGCAUUACUUUCAUAUAAUUCAAUACUGAACAUAGGUUUGUAUCAUCUAUAACCACUAGUGCACAAUAAAUGUAUGUUUUUGCAUUCUAUUACAGCUGCUUUUUAUAUACUAGAUAUGAUAGAGACUGUGUGUUUAUGUGCAGAAGAAA